AUGUCUGCAUCAUCUUCAUCAUCAUCCUCGAAGCAGACCUAUUCGGAUCUGGCUCAAAUCCUGAAACGAAUGCUCAUGGCAGAGAAUAGCACUCUGUAUGGAUCAUCGGAUAUAUCCACUCUUGAACAGCUCAUUGAAAUGAACGGAGGAGAUUUGAUGGCCAGUUUUUCAAUGGUUCAUGGGAGGGAUCCCACUCCAUCCAAAGUCAAUAUUUCUGAAAUUACGGAUCAAUACUAUAAGGAAAAGUCAUCUAAAAGCACUACUGGUUCCAGUAGUGUUAACACGGGUCGUGUCAAUACAAACAAUUUGAAUUUAAGUAGUUCGGAGAUUAUGAUUGAAGAAGACGAGGACACGAAUAAUGGCAAUGGGAAACAAGCAUCAUCCAGUAAUGGAAACACAAGCACACUGCCAAAUCCACACGACGACACCACUACCCAAGAACAAUCACCUUCACAACCAAAGAAAGCCUUGCCGCUGUCCAUGCAAAUGAAAGUUCGAACUCUACGGUUGAGACUUCGUGAGACACCAAUGGCUAAUCAAUUCGAAAAGAAAGAUGACCAUGUAUUGGCUGAAUUGUUAGAGGAUCACAAUGAAGAUGUCAAUACCACACUAGAAUUCAUUCUUUCAAAAAACAAUAAUGGUGGUACUAAUGAUCCUGUGGUUGCAUCAAGUAGUAAUGGUGGAACAGACGUUCAAAAUACCGAUAAAAUUGUGAUACAUGAUGUCCAUGAUAAUUUGGAUGAUGAGAGCUCCAGUGAUAUUUCAGUAGAUGAUCCUUUAAAUUUGAUUUACAAUGAAGAUAAGACCAAGAGACGCCAUUCUGCUCUUACCUUAGAUAUGCAACUCAAGAUUAGAAGCGUCAAAAUGAAAUUGAAAGAUUCCAAGAACAUACAAAACGUUGAAGAUAGUACUUUACUUAAUUUGUUACAAUUGAACGAUAAUGAUGUGCAACAAACAGUGGAUUAUUUGAAAGAAUGUGAUGCAAGUACAUUGUUGGAUAAUGGUGGAGCACCUCCACCAAAGGCACUUUAUGUUGCUCCAACAACAUGGGAUAAAAAUCCGUCUAUUCCAAUACCAGUCGAGGAGAUUGAAAAGUUAAAGCAAGAAGGUAGAAAUAUUGUGAACAUUAACCAAUUGCCCAAUGAUUCUCUUGAACAUAUCCUUGAAUAUUUGGAUAAGAGAAACAAUCUACAAAUGUCAGCUGUGAAUCAAUACUUCAACAAGUGUGCCUCAUCCGAUUACUUUUGGACAAGCAAAGGUCAAAAAGGUCGAAAUGGUUUAAUUGAACCUUAUGAGGUCGAUCAAUAUAAUGUCUUCACUAAAAACCAUACCUAUUUCGGAAAAUGGAAAUUGGCAAGAAUGGACAACUUGUUUUACACAAAACUUCAUCAGGUUCCAGUUUUCAUGCAAGAAAAACUCGACAAGAUCAAUCAAGAUAUGACCACUGUGCAGCUACAAGACCAACAACCCAUUACAAACAAUGAUGAAGAAAUGAUACAACCAUCCUUCAAAUCAAAAUACGCCAAAUACAAGAAGGAACAACUUGUCCAACAACGAGUGAUGGAGAUUGAAAAUAACAUCAUUCAAAAUAAGCAAAAUGACAUCUCUAACAGAGACUAUGAACAACAGGACAGUAUUACUAGAGCUUGGAUAGGAUUUAUCGUCGUUGCCAUCGUUUCAGCUGUGAUUGGAUUAAUCUUAAUUCCGCUUUCCAUGGAUGAAUACAUUCCUAAUGAUAUUGGAACCUACUACUGGUUAUUCUCAUGGCUAUCAAUCGGAAUUGUUACAGUCCCCUAUUUCUAUUUGAUGAUUGCUCGUCAUUCACAUUUAUAUGAAUUUUAUCCUGCUUGGACCUCAAAACAGUUGGGGGAUUUUCGUAUUGAAUAUACUACACAAACUCUUAUAUUAUUUAGCUCUACAUGGAUGUGGAUUCCCUAUAUAUGGCUUGUUGGAGGAUUGAAGUAUGCUAUCUUUCCAGAUUUACCAAUUUUGAGCUAUAUUGCUAUUCCUGCCUAUGUAUGGUGUUUGUUAUCUUAUAUGUGUGGCAUUCCUUCUCUGAAAUCAAGUUUGCAAAUGUCUGCAAAAGAGAUUGCAGGAUUUUACGUUUCAACAAUAAUGUACGGCUUCUUAUUAGCCUUCUCUGUGUUGUUUAUUAUUUUAUUAUUUGCCAAGAUUGACGGGCUUGAAUACGCCCUUAAUAUUCCUUGGUCCUUAAUAUUUAUUCCUCUCUAUGCUGCUGUAGGAUGUCUUCCACUGGGCUUUUUACUUGUACCAAUGAUAGUUUUUAUUAUUAACAAAGAAUUUUGGGCUGGUUUGGGAACUGGAUGUGGAUUUGGUUUUGUUUUAUUCCUUAUUGUUAGCCCAAUCUAUAUUGUAGCUCCUUUAAUUGGUGCUGUUCUAGAUUCGUUCAUUUUACAAACAGUAUUUCCUUUUGUUGCUGUUUUUUCUAUUGCUUAUGGUUUAGGAUUGAUAAUUCUGAGUGUUGUAGCAUGUGUUGCCUGCUUUUUUUUCGUUUGCUUUGCUUUGGGUCGAGACGAUUAA